AUGGCGGCUCGUAGAGUGUCUUCUCUACUAUCUCAAUCUAUCUCGAUCUUUUUCAGCUUCAUCUCACUUUCUCUUUCGUUUUUUCAAGGGAGAAAAUGUUACAAUGGAAGUAACAUCGUACCAAGAUUUGGAACCUCCUCCGCAGCUGAAGAAAUCAUAACCCCGUCGGUUCAUGUUUUUUACACACAGCUCCUAAUCGAUGGAAACUUCGUAGACUCACCUUCUGCUGAAGGCGAUGCUGAAGAUAUCAACCGGGCAGUGAAAGCUGCAAGGAAGGCCUUUGAUGAAGGACCUUGGCCUAAGAUGACUGCUUAUGAAAGGUCAAGGAUAUUGCUGAGAUUCGCAGAUUUUGUUGAGAAACACAGCAGAGAGCUCGCAGCUCUGAAAACAUGGGACAAUGGAAAGACUUAUGAACAAGCCAAAACAGCAGAGAUUCCAAUGCUCGCUAAAUUAUUUCGCUACUACGCUGGAUGGGCGGAUAAGAUUCAUGGGCUUACAGUUCCAGCUGAUGGAAACUAUCACGUUCAGACACUGCAUGAACCUAUAGGAGUUGCUGGACAAAUCAUUCCAUGGAACUUUCCACUUCUGAUGUUUGCUUGGAAAGUUGGUCCUGCACUUGCUUUUGGUAACACCAUUGUCCUUAAAACCGCUGAACAAAUUCCUCUCACUGCUUUCUACGUCGGCAAGCUUUUCCUUGAAGCUGGACUUCCUCCUGGUGUUCUGAAUAUAGUUUCUGGAUUUGGUCCAACCGCAGGUGCUUCCCUCGCGAGUCACAUGGAUCUUGCUUUCAUAGGACCAACUGAUACAGGCAAAGUUAUAUUAGGGCUGGCUGCUAACAGCAAUCUACCAUUCGUCGUUUUCGAAGAUGCUGAUAUCAAUACAGUUGUGGAGCUUGCACACUUUUUAGUUCUUGAAAUAAUGUUUUUUUUUAUAAAGGGGAAAUGUUGCUGCGCGGGGUCUCGGACGUACGUUCAUGAGGAAGUGUAUGAUGAGUUUGUUGAGAAACCAAAGGCACGCGCAUUGAAACGUGUGGUUGGUGAUCCUUUCAAGAAAGGCAUUGAACAGGGUCCUCAGAUCGAUUCAAAGCAAUUCGAGAAAGUGUUGAGGUACAUAAGGUCAGGUGUGGAAAGCAAUGCUACUCUUGAAUGUGGUGGUGAUCAGAUUGGAGACAAAGGUUACUUCAUCCAACUUACAGUCUUUUCUAACGUUAAGGACGACAUGCUUAUCGCUCAAGACGAGAUCUUCGGUCCAGUCCAGUCGAUCUUGAAGUUCAGGUGCGUAGGAGCUAAAACCAUGGGGCUAGCCGCAGGGGUUUUCACAAAGAGUCUGGACACUACCAAUAGGGUCUCGAGGGCUUUGAAAGCUGGCACCGUUUGGGUUAACUGUUUCGACGCAGCUAUUCCCUUUGGUGGCUACAAGAUGAGCGGCAAUGGUAGAGAGAAAGGUAUUUACAGUCUCAAGAAUUACUUGCCGGUCAAGGCAUUCGUCACUGCUCUUAAUAAUCGUGCAUGGAUAUGA